ACGUCCCUAAAAAGAAACGCAAAUACAACGCGUUCAAUUUAUUUUGAUACAAAUUGGAGACUAUAUUUCGGUGACAUCAUAUAGAGGGACACCUAACAUGGACUUCGGCGCGCUGCUGCAUUAUGCCAAGAAAAAGAACGAUGCAACUACAAAAGAUGAGCAGGGUAAAUUCUACAGCACCAAAUAUGCACCACCCAAGAAGGAGAGCAAGGAGAGUAAACAACUUUCGAACAACAUACAAAAGUUUCUCAAGAAGCGUGAAGCAGAGGAGCAGCAACGUAAACGGGAGGAGCGAGAGAAGCUUUCCAAUCUGCUGGCCAUGCGCGAUGAAAAGUCCAAAAAUAAAAUUCGGAAAAUGCUAAAAGUCACAAAGUCGGCCAAUAAGUCUGUGCUCGAAGAUGCCAAGGAUGGUGGCACUAUGGACGGACCCGAUCAUGCAGAUGGUGAUGACUACGGUUACGUAUCUACUGAAGCAAACGCAUUUUAUCAGAAAUACAUAGAAAAAGUAAAGGAUGUGAAGGAGGAUAAAGGAUUUGCGCCAAGUCGUCCGCAAUCAUUGCGUGAUCUCAGCGGCACUAAAGAGCGGGUCAAGGCGGCAAUAACGCGGGAGCGUGAGGAGGCUAAGACUCAUACGCGACAACGCAGCAGCAUCGGAGCAGCACCAAACACGCCAAGCUCGAGCUCUAGCAGCAAGGACGUAAAUGUCGCCCGUGCAUAUGGCACAUCAAAAACUCUUUAUGAUCCGGAAGUGGAGCGCCGCGAGGAGGAGCGCAAAAAACGCGAGGAAGACCAAAAGAAGGCGAAAUCCAAGAGGCCGCUUCAGCCACCGCCGAUGGAUUUUCAGGCUCUGCUGCGUCUGGCUGAAAAGAAGCAACAUGAACCGGUUAUAUUUGCUGCACCGGAGAAGAAAAGGGAGCCAGAGCGACUGUUGUCAGCGCGUGAGAAACGCGAACUUGAGGAGCGUCAGCGACAAAAGGACGAACGUGCGCGCCGGGAACGCGAACGCUUGCGUGAUGGAGAUCAAAAGUCAAAGGAAACGCGAAAAGAGAACGGAACCACCAGCGGCAGUAGCAGUGGCAGCGGCAGCUGCAGCAGCAAUCGAAUGGAACCAAAUGGACGUAUACCAAAGCUCAAUAGCGCUGCCUCCGCCACACCAAACACAUCGAGUGUGUCGAAAUCGGUAACACCGAAGUCAACAACAAUUGUUCAUAGUGAGUCCAAAGUCAAGCCCACAAGUGAUAGCCUUAAGCGACCAGCCACAUCAAUGGCAAAUUCGUCGAAAGCCAAUGUUAACAAUACAACAAAAACAACAGCCUCGUCCUCAACGAUCAGUAAAGCAAACACAGCACCAUCUACAAAAACACAAACGAGCAGCAGUGCCGGCACUUCGAAGGCCAGUCAAUCUCGAAAUCCCUACGCUGCGGCCAGCAAGACAAAUUCAACUCGCGAGUUUCCGCCACGCGACUCAGUCAACGUCACCAAAACUCGACAAUUCCCACCGCCCGAUGUCAGAGGACGUCCAGCGCCACCUCCUCGCAGACCAGCCGAGCCAGUCAACAAAAAACGUAUCUACGAUGAUGAUGAAGAUGAAUACGACUCUGAGUUGGAUGAUUUCAUCGAUGAUGGAGACUGCGAAGAGGACAUAUCAUCGCAUAUACGUGAUAUCUUUGGCUAUGAUAAGCGGAGAUACCGCGAUCAGGACUUUGAUGAUCGAGAAAUGGAGUCAAGUUUUGCUCAAAUGCAGCGCGAAGAAUUUAUAAGCAAAAAAUUAGGCUUACAAGAGGACUUGGAAGAUAUGCGGAUGGAAGCGGAGCACAAAAAACGUAAAAUUGCCCACAAACGUACCAGACGAAUAUCCGAUGAUGAUUAACCAUACGCUUAAUACAACUUUAAAACUGCGUGCAGUGUCAACUUAUAGGUUGAUAUUCAGGUACACGAACCUACAGAGCACAGAUUCGUUUUUAUAACGCAGAAAAGGGCUCCGCAAUGCCAAACCCAACCACAUUCUCAACUCUUAAAGGUGCGUUGCUUUUCGUCAACGUGCCCAAGUUCCCAAAACCAGAGCCGAGUGCCUUGUCGCAAUAAUAAUCAUUAUGAUUUUCAUUUUUAUACUCUUUGAAAACAUGGUUCGUUAAUUAUUUUUAAAAAAUAUAGCAGGAACAAGGAGAAUCUUUAGAAAACUGAGACUGUGCUACUCCUUUUGAUACAUUAGCCAGCAUAAGCUGGCAUGUUUAAAAGUAUUUAGAAAUUCUACAAACAGGGUUUUUCCGAUUGCAGUUUAAAUUAUAAUACUGUGCACCAAAGGAUAAAAACAUUUCUUGUAAGGUCAAAACUCUUCAUGUAUCUUUGCCUUUGAAAUCUGGAACAAAACCUAAUUCGGGCUAACAACAUUUUGUUUAUCUUCACAUUGGUUUUAGUGGCUAAGCAAUUAUAUCAAUAUAAUAAUAUUAUAUCAAAUUUAAGAGAUCGUUAAUGGUGGUAUUUUUGUUUUUGUAUUUAUUUAACAUUAGGUAUCUGUGUGAUAACGCGAGUGGAUAGAUUCGACCUUUUUUUCUGUCCGUACGUAUUUACGCCAACUAUUAUCUCAAUUUUGAACAGAUGUGUAGGGAUACUAUUGUAGAUAAUAGAAAGUUCUCCCCAAUGCAGUAUAAUCAACUUUGCAUUUUUCGAUAUUUUUGUAUAUAUUUAUAUAUUACACAUGAACAUAACUACUUCAUAUCGUAAGCUGAACCCGAUAAACAGAAGCAAAACAAUAACCCAACGGGCUAAUUCUCUAUAACAUGUAUAGCUGCCAUAUAAACGAUGUUUUACAAAAGUUGUAGUAGUAGCACUAUUACUACUUCUACUACUACUAUAACGGUUUUUGUAAUAUAAACAAUUAUGCUUAUGAAUAUCCAAGUUCCGUAGCGAGAAGUGUGUCCGUAUACCUAACGAUGUUUUAAAGCUUGUCAAAAAUCCAAGAAAAAAAUGUUUCAGCCAAGAAACAUUAAAUUUUUAUCAGUUUUUGUGAAAUGAAUUACCUACAAAGUGUAUACCUCCAUAUAGAGUACGGUUUUCUAACUUAAUUCUUGUGUAGAGCUAUUUGGUAGCUUAUAGUGCGUUUCAUAUUUAUAGGACACCUAUU